AUGCCAGCUGCCACCAAGAAGAGAGGUCCUAGAGCAACCAGGACCACCGAGGCCCCCAUGGCAGGAACAGGAGUUCCGCCAAUCAAUAUCGAGGGCACCGCUGAUUGGUCAUCCUUAAGCAGGAUGAUGAACAGCAAGGGGAUUCAAUUCUCCAAGGCGAGGACGGCGGGUAACAGUGUGAAGGUCUUCACAAAUACACCAGCUGACUACCGUCAGCUAGUCGCACUGCUGGAAUCCAUCAAGCGGCCCUUCUUCACCUAUCAACUGAAGGAGGACAGGAUGGACCAGAGGGUCAUUCGUGGCCUACCCAGGGAGAUGUCAGUCAAUGACAUCAAAGAGGAUCUAGUGAGCCAAGGCAUCGCAGACGCCGAGGUUCAGCAGAUGACCUCAAGGACCACCAAGAAGCCACUUCCGCUCUUCCUCGUCAAGACGAAGAUGCCGGAAAAGCUUGCAGAGAUCCAGAGGCUGGCCAUGCUCACGGUCAGCUUCGAGAGGAAGAAAAAGUCUUCCGAGCCCAGCCAAUGUUACCGCUGCCAGCGAAUUUCUGGUACUUCCCGCAAACAGAGAUGUAAUUGGUGGGACACCGUCUUGGACAAGACAUCACACACUGAUGUUAAUUGAAUGUUACAAAAUAUUCAGAAGUAAAGUAGGUGGGAUGGAAAUGAAAAGCCUAAAAAAAUGUGGCAUACAACAUCAGAACAUAUGAAGAGAAAGUAUAACGUAAAAUACACACCCCAAAACUUCGAAAAUUGUUGGCGGGUGCUGGAGAGAAAUUAUAAGCGCUAUGUGGAAAAUAAUUCCAGUACAGGACGUGGCAGAAAAUACUUUGAAUUUGAAUUAAAUCCAGAAAUUCUACUGACCACAUCAGGUGAGAUUCGACCAAAUAAUGAAAAUGAGGCACAUGACAUGGAAUUGAUUGAAAAUCAGGAAACACCAACAAAAGCGCUUGGAAUUUCUGCAGCUAAAGUUAAGCAGCAAAAAGUAAUAAAAUAUAAAAAAGAAAACAUUCUGAAACAAAUACAAUUAGACCGAAAACAAUACCAAGAGGAGAGACUGAAAUUGGAAAAAUACUAAAUAGACUCCUUAGUAGAAUUGCAAAAACAGAAAUUACAAAUAAAAAAUAAACAAGUUGAGGUUUUUGAAAAAAGAAACGAAAUAUUGAAAAACAAAAAAUAGAUCCCCUGACAAAAUGGAUACUUAAUUAUAGUUAUGUUGUGUGUUAUCUUGUGUUUAUGUGCAAUAUUGUUUGUGUUUGUAGUUAUUAUAAUGAAAGAUAUAUGUUAAGUUUUAUUUCUGUGAUGAAUGAAUGUGAAAUUGGGAUUAGUAUUUUAGUUCAUUCUGCAUUAUUAAAAAUUAAAAUACUGAUACCCUAUUUAAAAUACUUUUUAUUUAAUCUAAAAGAUGAAUGUAUGUACAUUUACAGUAUUAAUUUACACUAUAAACUAGAAGUAAAAGAUCUUCAAAAAGAACACUGGACCAACCUACAUGGUACAAAAGAUUUCAACAUGAGAUUUUAGAUGUAGUUGUUGACAGUAAAAUGUCAUGGAAAGACCAUCAUGAGGUAUCAAGCUUCGAAAGUGUAUAUUUUUGGUCAGGGAAUCAACUUAAGAUGCAUAAACCUUAUGGCAGUUUUUUGUUUUCCUGUGUUAGAGAUGUACACCUUUGAGGCUUGGUAAUUUUUGAAAAUGAGUAUCUCAGCAUUUGUGCC